GUCAGUGCAUAUAUCCUUGGAGAAUACAGCCAUCUUCUGGCUAGAAGGCCUGGAUGUAGUCCAAAGGAAAUCUUUAACAUCAUUCAUGAGAAGCUUCCUACUGUUACGACUUCAACAAUUCCCAUUCUUCUGUCAACUUAUGCAAAGAUAUUGAUGCACACACAGCCACCAGAUCCAGAGCUGCAGAAUCAGAUUUGGGCAAUAUUCAGGAAAUAUGAAAGCUGCAUCGAAGUUGAAAUACAGCAACGGGCUGUGGAAUACUUUGAGUUGAGUAAGAAAGGUGCAGCUUUAAUGGAUAUCUUAGCCGAAAUGCCAAAGUUCCCUGAGCGACAGUCUUCACUGAUAAGAAAAGCUGAGGAUACUGAGGCUGAUACCGCUGACCAAAGUGCAAUCAAGUUGCGUGCACAACAGCAAACUUCUAAUGCUUUAGUAAUGACAGACCAACGCCCUGCUAAUGGAACUCCACCAGUCAGCCAGCUAGGUUUAGUAAAAGUUCCAAGCAUGAGCAAUGUGGAUCGUGAUUCAGCAGAUCAAGGGGAGACUCAGUCAAAUGGAACUUUGACUGUUGUGGAUCCUCAACCCCCUUCGCCUGAUCUCCUGGGUGAUCUUUUAAGUCCUCUGGCUAUUGAGGGCCCUCAGCCUGAUGCUAACCAAUCUGACCAUAAUUUGGGUGCUGGUGUUAAAGGUGCUCCAACUGCAGAGGAUGCACUAGCACUUGCACCUGUUGAAGAACAGAUGAACACCAUCCAGCCAAUAGGAAACAUUGCAGAAAGGUUUCAUGCCUUGUGUCUUAAAGAUAGUGGUGUAUUAUAUGAGGAUCCAUAUAUUCAGAUUGGUAUAAAAGCAGAUUGGCGGGCACAUCAUGGACGACUUGUCCUCUUCUUAGGAAAUAAAAAUACCUCUCCACUGGCUUCAGUACAGGCUCAAAUAUUGCCUCCAUCUCAUUUGAGGGUGGAACUAUCAUUAGUACCUGAGACUAUUCCACCACGUGCACAGGUUCAAUGUCCGCUUGAAGUUGUUAACCUUCGUCCAAGUAGGGAUGUUGCUGUUCUUGACUUCUCAUAUAAGUUUGGAACCCAUCUGGUUAAUGUUAAACUUCGUCUUCCUGCUCUCUUGAAUAAGUUUCUUCAGCCUAUCUCAGUAUCUCCAGAAGAAUUUUUCCCACAAUGGAGAUCACUAUCUGGGCCACCAUUGAAGCUCCAAGAAGUGGUUAGAGGUGUAAGACCAUUGCCACUUCUUGAAAUGGCAAACUUGUUCAACAGUCUCCGGUUGAUGGUGUGUCCAGGACUUGAUCCAAAUACAAAUAAUUUGAUUGCUAGCACAACUUUCUAUUCUGAGAGUACGCGAGCCAUGUUGUGUUUGGUAAGAAUAGAAACGGAUCCAGCGGAUAGAACUCAACUGCGUAUGACAGUUGCCUCUGGAGAUCCUACACUGACAUUCGAGUUGAAGGAGUUCAUUAAGGAACAAUUGGUUAGUCUCCCUACAGCUCCUGGGGCGCCUGAACCACCCAUGCCUCUACAGCCACAACCACAACCAACAAGUCCACCACCAGCUGUAUCAGAUCCUGGAGCGUUGCUUGCUGGUUUGCUUUAAGUGGCUUUAAAUAUGUUGGGAAUUGCAUCCACAAUCAACAGUUGUAAAAUUUGUUUAUACUGCAAACUGAAACGUCGCCAAAGGCAAGAUUGGCACCUAACAACAUGAUGCAAGGGCUGGCGGAAGUGAGGGUGGCACUGAUUUACAUAGCUCAAGAUUGGGAUCUCGGAAGGGUUGGGUUGAAAUUUUGAGAUUCUUUGCACAAUAUGUUGUGCUUUGGUGAGGUUUAUAGGUUUAGAUGAUAGGGCCUAUUUAUUUUUUUAGUUCCCCUUCAAAUUUCAUGUUCAAUUCGUCAGGUUUUAGACCAUUGGUUUCUGAAGUGUCAAUAGCUCAAGUCAUUGUAAUUGCUGCUUUGGUCUGUUCCUCCCUAUGUAUUCUACAAGAAUUAUAAUGAGGAAAAAGAAGUAUUUGGCUUUGAUUGA